UCAACUUUAGCAUUAGCUGUUUCUGUUUCUCUCAUACGCCCGUCCAUACUGUCUAGACAUGGUCUAGACUACGCUUCUUUGAAGUUCUUUCUGACCGACGCUUAUCAAAUUAGCUAAUCUCGUUCUGUUCUAACCAGGCCUACGACUUACGUGUUACGUCGACUUACGAGGCUUCGCAUUCGCAUGAGCUCUCAUUCCAUUGUAUUCAGAUGCAUUUUCAGCGUAGGUAGCUGUGAUCAUGUCGUGAAUUGUGAGCUGCGUGCUUUGGAUUUACCAAAUUAUUCGUUUAUAAUUACGUUGUUAAUUCUUGGUGGAUUUAUCGUUCAUUAUUUUUUCGCUACUUUUUCGUACCAUAGAUUCUCUAAUCAAAUUGAAUUUAGAUCUUCGCAUAUACCGAAUCAAGAAUAGAAGAUGGCCGAAACCAGUUCUCGCGUUUACGAUCUUACUUAUCCGAGUCCUGUGACACUGAAAGAAAUCUCUGCUAUCGCGCUAGUUGCGGAAUUAUGGCGUAAAGAAAUCGCACCCAAGGAAAUUACAACUCGGGAUGAAUUAAAAUUAGCGCAAGAUAUUCUGCUGAAAAAGAUCCCCGAUGUCCCAUCGGCGAUUUACGAUUUAUUGGUCGCAUACAGCGCCAAAUUCAGUUCAUCAGUUUCUCUCCAACUAGCGUCGAGCGAUUUCCAUUAUGUCGUUCGGGACUGGGAUGGUGCUGUUCAUGAUGUUCGAACGGCCAAACGAAAGAUGCUAUGUGAUCGACUCACUGCUGAGAAGAAAUUCCAAAUUGCUUGUCGGUACUGUUUGGAAGAUGACAUUAGACGACUUUGGCCAUGUGUAAGCUCGAACAUCGAUUUGACCCGUAUGGAUUUUGAUUAUUCUCCACUUAAUUACUACUGGAUUUGCUGUCUUAAAAACGAACUACAUAAUAUACCGAAUCCGGGUGAUGAAUCAAUCGAUGAGGUGAUGUUUGAUAAUUGCGAACUUCGAGGUGAGGGCUUUUGUUCUCUCGAGUAUUUUUGGAAUCGUAUACCCUACGAUAAACGAUCGCAUGCAACCUUCGCUAUGUAUAGGUACAAUUGCGGUCUAUUCGCUAGGUUCAUUUUACCUAGAUUGGACGAUUUCCAAUUGGAAACAUUUCUCGCUGAAAGAGGUGUUGAUUUCAUGUAUUCUUUGCUGAUCAAUUAUAGCAUACACGAAGACAAAAUCCACGUUUUUCCUGCUUGGAUGUACAUUAAAAACAAAAUUAGCAAAAGUCAGUUCAUCGAAUUAAUCGAAAAAUUGCUGGAUGAAGAGACGAACAUAUUCAGCGCGAGUUACAAACAUGAAAUUCAUGCAUGCUGCGAAGUAUGGGAAAAUUCUCCUGACAGUUUAAAGAAGUGGGCAUUAAAUGCUGUUUUAUUGAAUGAAGAAUUGUUCGAGAGAAUGAGUACUGGGCCAUAUCACCCUAGAGAAAUGAGAUUCCUGAUCACAGUUCUGUUGGAUGCCAGUUUUGAACAGAGGCACAAAUUUUGGUGCGAAAAUUGGCGUAAUUUGAUCACCGGUGCUCGUGUCGAAGAUCUACAAGCAGUAAUGAAGUUAUGUUUCCGGAACGAAAACGAUAUAAGCUCAUUUAAAGAACAAUAUAUGUCUAAAUACGAAAAUAUCGGCCCAUAUUGCGUCGAUUCGCUAAAGGACAGAUGGUUCAAGGAAGUGAACGAAUUUUUGUCUUUUUGUCAUUCGGACCAGCAAAAAGCAAGAGAGUUGAAACAACAAGUGUUGAGGUCUAAUUUUCUCGGAGAAAAUUCUGUUCUGCGUUACAGUAUAAGCAAGUCUUAUAAUAAAGAGUUGAAUGCGUUCGUCGAAGAUGCUUUUGACGAUGUCGAUCUUCGUGUUGAAUUCAAAAAUCAAUUCGUUUCAUCGCCUGCAACUCAAAACUACUUGUUCAAGUGUAUUCGUGUAGGUAACUUCGGUUGUCUGAUAGAAUUAGUUGAAGCAUUUGUACCCGAAGAACAAGAUGUUCGUGUUUUGAAGCAACGUUUGUUGCAUAAUUUCAAGGAGCAAUUGGUCUCCGGUGAUAUUUGUGAAAUGAAGGGUGAUAAUUUACAAAAAUUUCUCGUGUGGUUUUUGGAUAGUGAAGAUGAGAUCGGUAAAUUCAAACAGUCGUUACCAGUAGAUGAUAUUUUGUGUAAUGUGGUGCAGGUUGCGUUGGAACGUAGGCAUCGUUGGGGUGGUUAUAAGGAAUACCGCGAUAAGCUAGAUGAUUUUUUGAACUGGUAUUUUAAUAAUGAUGCUGAAGAGAUUCGGAAAAUUAAGGAACGGUACUCUGAUAAGUUGAAAGUGUUUGGCCAUCGUGAGUAGUAUUGUUUCUUGAAACUUUCAUGUUCAAAUUACGGAGAUAAAAGUUUACGUGUGAUUUUUCUUGUAUGACUGCAGUAUUUUUUCAAUUUUUUUGUUUUUAUUAUUGAUAUUCAGUACUGGUAUUUAUUUUGUUUUUAUGAAGAUGUAAUAUGAUUUUGUUAUUUUAUUAAUCGUAAGGUAUUAAACCAGUUGAGUU